GAACCCACUCAAGCCUAUGGAAAGUGUUUUGACUCAAAACCUGCCUCGCCUUUCACCUGUGCUUGCUAUUUGAACGUCUUUCAACACUUCGACAAAGGCUCUCUCGGAUCCUGACAACACACCGCCGUAACCCCCCUUGGCGACAUUCGUUGUGCGACAAGACCGAGCCGCGACCGGCUCAAUUGACCACCAUUGGCAACCAUGGAGGCCAUUAAGGAGACUUUCCAGCGCUGCAAGGCCCAGAAGCGGGCUGCGCUCGUGACCUAUGUCACGGCCGGAUUCCCGACGCCCGAGCUGACGCCUGAUAUCCUUCUCUCCAUGGAGAAGGGUGGCGCCGACGUGAUCGAGCUCGGCGUUCCGUUUACGGACCCGAUCGCCGACGGCCCGACCAUCCAAACCGCGAACACCAUUGCCCUCAAAAAUGGCGUCACGAUCCAGUCGACCCUGCAGAUGAUCCGCGAUGCCCGCAAGCGCGGCCUGCGUGCGCCCAUCCUGAUGAUGGGCUACUACAACCCGCUGCUGAGCUACGGCGAGGAGCGCCUUAUGAAGGACUGCCGGGAGGCCGGGGUUAAUGGCUUCAUCAUUGUCGACCUGCCGCCCGAGGAGGCCGUCUCGUUCCGCAGGCUGUGCAGCCGUGGAGGUCUGUCUUAUGUGCCUCUGAUCGCCCCGGCUACCUCCGACGCCCGCAUGCGCAUCCUCUGCCAGUUGGCCGACUCGUUCAUCUACGUCGUCUCCCGCCAGGGCGUGACCGGUGCCCUUGGGACCCUCAAUGCCAACCUCCCUGAACUGCUGGCGCGGGUCAAGAAGUACAGCGGCGACAAGCCCGCUGCUGUGGGCUUCGGCGUGAGCACCCGCGACCACUUCGUUUCGGUCGCCCACAUCGCCGACGGUGUUGUGGUUGGCAGCCAGAUUGUCACCACCCUGCAGCAGGCUGCCAAGGGCGAGGAGACGAAGUCGGUCCAGGAGUUCUGCUCCUACCUCUGCGGUCGCACCACCUCCGCCGAGGAAGAGGCCACGCGCGAGGUCGGCAUUAUGGAGGCCAUCUCGGGGACCAAGGAGGCCGACGGCAACAAAGUCCACGUGGACGGUGUUGUCACGGAGGGGACCGAUGAUCUCGUCGCGCAACUCUCGGCCAUGCACGGCAAGAUCCCCGAGCGCUUCGGCGAGUUCGGUGGGCAAUAUGUCCCAGAGUCGCUGAUGGAUUGUUUGUCGGAGCUUGAAGAGGGCUUCAACAAGAUCAAAGACGACCCUGACUUUUGGGAGGAGUACCGCUCCUACUACCCCUGGAUGGGCCGCCCCGGCCACUUGCACAAGGCGGAGCGGCUGACGGAGUAUGCCGGCGGCGCGAACAUCUGGCUGAAGCGGGAGGAUCUCAACCACACCGGAUCCCACAAGAUUAACAACGCAUUGGGCCAGCUUCUCCUUGCCCGUCGCCUCGGCAAGACCAAGAUCAUCGCCGAGACCGGUGCCGGUCAGCACGGUGUUGCGACGGCUACCGUGUGCGCUAAGUUCGGCAUGGAGUGCACGGUCUACAUGGGCGCCGAGGAUGUGCGCCGCCAGGCACUUAACGUGUUCCGGAUGAAGCUCCUCGGUGCCAAGGUCGUUGCGGUCGAAGCCGGUAGCCGCACCCUCCGUGACGCCGUCAACGAAGCCCUCCGCGCCUGGGUCGUCCACCUCGAGGACACGCACUACAUCAUCGGCUCUGCCAUCGGACCGCACCCGUUCCCGACCAUCGUGCGCACCUUCCAGUCGGUCAUUGGUCGCGAGACUAAGGCACAGAUGCUCGAGAAGCGCGGCAAACUCCCCGAUGCUGUGGUGGCAUGCGUUGGGGGCGGCAGCAAUGCUGUGGGCAUGUUCUACCCCUUCCGCGACGACCCGAGCGUCAAGCUUCUCGGCGUCGAGGCCGGCGGUGACGGCGUGGACACGGCCCGCCACAGCGCAACUCUCACUGCUGGCACCAAGGGCGUGCUCCACGGUGUGCGCACCUACAUCUUACAGAACGAGCACGGCCAGAUCGACGACACGCACUCCGUCUCGGCCGGUCUGGACUAUCCUGGCGUUGGGCCGGAGCUGUCCCACUGGAAAGACACGGAGCGCGCCAAGUUCAUUGCUGCGACGGAUGCCCAGGCUUUUAUCGGGUUCAAGCUGAUGAGCCAGCUCGAGGGUAUCAUCCCCGCCCUGGAGUCUUCGCAUGGUAUCUAUGGCGCCAUUGAGCUGGCCAAGACCAUGGACAAGGAUAAGGACAUUGUCAUCUGCCUGAGCGGGCGUGGCGACAAGGACGUCCAGAGCGUUGCUGACGAGCUGCCCAAGCUCGGCCCGCAGAUUGGCUGGGACCUGCGUUUCUGAGCUGCGGCAAUGGCCAGGCUAUCUGGUGGCUGAUAUAUAAUCUGGCUUUGGCAAUCUUGCUCGAUGUAGCGACGGAGGAUAUGCAAGAAUCAUAGAGCUUCAUAGAUUUGAAUGGGAUGGACGUCAAAUUGAUGUGCAUGGUUGCUUUCCGUGAUGCAGUGGUACACACGUCUC